UUCAAGACUGAUUUUCAAGACAGGAUCCACACUUUACAUACUGAAUAAGACAGUAAUGGCAGGGCCAUCUCAUGAUUCUGUGCCUCAUUAAUGUCAAGGGAACAUGGCUGGCAUUGAAAUGACAGAGCUACAUGGUGGAAAGAAGCAACCUUGUUGUGGGAUACAGAUGGGCCAGACUGGCUUCCUCAAAUUAAUGAUCGCCGUCCUUGCUGUCCUUUGCAUCAUUUUGGGGGCAUUGCUGGUGGCCUUAGAUGUGAACAAAAAAAGGGUGGAUUCAGACCUGACUGUGGAGCUCAGGGAGCUGAGGGUCCUGGUCAAGGACAUGGAGACCAAGCUGAAUGCCACAGAGCAGCAGAUGGAGAAACGACUGAAUGCUACAGAGCAGAAGGUGGAGAAACGACUGAAGGCCACGGAGCAGAAGGUGGAGAAACUCCAGUCUGAGGUGCAGCAGCUGGAAGGACCAAAAGUAGCUUUCUCUGCAUCUCUUACUGCCUCCGGUGUGAUUCGUGUGUUCAGUUCUGCUUCCCCAUUCCUGGUUUACAAGCGGGUCAUCACUAACAUUGGAAAUGCCUAUGACAGCAACACAGGUGAAUUCACUGCUCCUGUGAAGGGCAUCUACUACUUCAGCUUCAGCACGGUUGGCCUCAACCACGUCCUGAGUGGCGCCAUUCUUACCAAGAACGGUACGAUCAUGGUCUCGUGCUAUGACCACCCCGCCAUUGGAGAGAUUGGGGACAUCGUCCAAGACCUUUUUGACACCGGAGCGAACUCCGUCAUUCUGCAGCUGGAGGCAGGAGAGAAGGUCACCAUGAGACUCUGGGAGAACUCCGAGGUGUACGACAACCUCAACGGCCUCACCACCUUCAGCGGCUUUCUGCUUUUCCCUUUGUAGAUGGACUCAGUGGUCACAUUUCUCUAACAUGCUCUAGCAUAUUAUUUUAGUAGCUGGCCUAGUACAUAUAGAGCUAUGGAGGGUUUCAGAGUUCCUAGUGAUCCCUAACCAAAUUGCAAAAAAUGUGUGUUAUACUAAAACACUUAAUUCCGCUUGCAAUAAAACACAUGUAUGGAAGUGUAAAAUUGACAAAUAACUAUAUGUUUUAAAAUGAAACACGAUUAAA